GGAAACAAUUUUCAAAUACUUUUUCUCUAUUUCACUUUAUAAUUUUUAUUCUGAUGGAUUAUGGAUUGUUGUCAAGUUUUUUCGCUGUUAGUAUACAUAUGCAAUGUUUAGGUUGUUAGGGUUACUAUUGUCAAUGCAAAUUUAGAGGUAUGAAUACUUAUCUCAAGGUUACAUGCAACAGGAAGUAAGCGUGUCUUUUCCUUAUCAUACAUCGAUCAUCCGAAAUUAUACAAUCCGGCAGCAGUAUUUUAAAAGUAAAGUUCUGCCCACACUCUGUCAGAGAAUAAACGAAACUAGAAGAGUGUAGUUGAUUCCAUACUUAGAGAAUGGCUCCUAAUGCAGACGUCCCUAUCAAAUUCACUAAAUUAUUUAUCAACAAUAAAUGGGAAAAUUCUGUAAGUGGUAAAGUUUUUCCAGUGAUUAAUCCCACCACUGAAAAAAAGAUUUGCGAUGUUCAGGAAGGAGAUAAAAUUGAUGUGGACAAAGCUGUUGCAGCAGCCAGAGCCGCUUUUAAAUUAGGGUCUGUGUGGAGAACUAUGGAUGCUUCUGCUAGAGGAGUAUUACUGUCCAAAUUAGCUGAUUUAUUAGAAAGAGAUGUGGAAUAUACUUCGGUUUUAGAAAGUAUAAACGGGGGGAAAACAUAUAAAGAAUCUCGAAGUAACGUAUUGUUUUCCGCUAAAAUUCUUCGAUAUUUUGCUGGAUGUGCAGAUAAAAUUCAUGGAAAAACAAUCCCAUCAGAUGGCGAUUACUUUACAUAUACUAGAUUAGAACCAAUUGGAGUCUGUGCCGGUAUAUUACCAUGGAAUACACCUAUAGUCAUGGCCGUAGCUAAAAUUAGUCCCGCUCUCGCAGUCGGAAAUACUAUAAUCAUUAAACCUGCAGAAGCUACACCUUUAACUGCUUUGUAUUUAGCUCAUCUAUCUCUAGAAGCCGGAUUUCCUCCCGGAGUUAUUAAUGUUAUAAACGGAUACGGGCACACCGUUGGUGCUGCAUUAGCUUCUCAUCCCGAUAUCGAUAAAAUCGCUUUCACAGGAUCCACUAACGUUGGAAAAAUAAUUCAAGAAACCGCUGCUAAGAGCAAUUUGAAAAGAUGCACUUUAGAGCUCGGAGGAAAGAGUCCUUUAGUUAUUUGUGCAGAUGCAGAUGUGGAUUUAGCUGUAGAAUUGGCGCAUAAUGCGGUAUUUGAAAAUCAAGGACAAGUGUGUUGUGCCGGAACACGAACAUUCAUCCACGAAGAUAUAUAUGAUGAAUUUGUAAGAAAAAGUAGAGAAAGGACUUUAAAGAGAGUUGUAGGCGAUCCUUUUGAUGAGAGAACGGAACAAGGACCUCAAAUCAAUGAACAACAAUUCAAAAGAAUUUUAGGACUUAUCGAGGUCGGAAAGAAAGAAGGAGCCAAAUUAGAAUGCGGAGGAUCGAGAUUUGGAAAAGUGGGAUACUUUAUUCAACCGACUGUCUUUUCUAACGUACAAGAUCACAUGACAAUAGCACGAGAAGAAAUUUUCGGGCCUGUUCAACAACUAAUGAAAUUUAAAACUCUCGAAGAAGUCAUUCAAAGAGCUAACAACACAGAAUAUGGAUUAGCUGCUGGAAUAGUCACUAAAGAUUUAAACAAUUCAAUUAUGUUUUCUCAAGGCAUUCAAGCGGGUGUUGUUUGGGUAAACUGUUACUUUGCUUUUGCUUCUCAAACACCUUUCGGUGGUUUCAAAAUGUCCGGAUACGGAAGAGAAAUGGGAACCGACGGUUUAGAAGAAUAUUCCGAAGUUAAAGCGAUAACGGUGAAAAUUCCACAAAAGAAUUCAUAGAAUAUUCACGUAUUUUUCCCUUUUCUGAAUAAUAAAAUUAUUAUAAUCUAGAAUUACAAACAAACACACACACACAUUUCCCAUAAGUAUGGAACCAUAGGAAUUAUGUUGAUUUUUGUUUAUUCUUUUACGGGCCAAUUAUGAUGCUGAGUAAAGAGGAAUGAAUUCAUAUUACAGUAUUCUGUUGGUGGGGAUCAGCAUUCUGUGUAAAGUUGCCCAAUAGUUUAACAGGCUGCAUCCAGAUUGCUGUGUGCUAUUGUUUAGCUUGUCUGGAUGCAGCCUGUUAAAAACUCUUCGGCAACUUCGCGCUAGCUGAGGAUCGCCAUCAUCAAAAUAACAUGAAUUCAUUCCUUCUUACUCAGUGCUAUACUUCACCUGUAAAAGAAUGAACAAUGAUCCGCAUAACUCCCAUGAUUACAGAUUUAUGGAGCACCAUGUAUAAUAAUUUUAAUAAAAUAUUUAAUUUUCAACCAAUGAUUUUAUUUUUUUAAAAAAAAGAAAGAAUAUAUAUAUUAAUAUUUUAAACUGUAAUGGAUCAUAUAAUAAAAAUUACUUAGGUAAUCAUUUCAGUGAUAUCUUAGUAAUCAACUAAAAAUUCACCAGCGAAUCAAUAUUUAUUUAAAAUUAUUAACAUUGAUAACACAUAGAAAACACAAGCCAGGAAAAUGAAUAAUUGCUUAAUCGAAUGAAAUAAUGUAAAACACUAAAAGAAUUAAUAAUUAAUUAAUGCUCUAAUAUCUACUGUUGAUUAAUGUAUGCUUAAUAAAUCGAUUAUAAAAUUAAAA